AUGCCAGCAAUCCCAAUUGUUACCUCCUUCCUAGAGCAAGUUCUCGUGCAUCGUGCUACUGCACCGCCCCCUAACGUGACAGUGUCUGCAACUUCCGCAUCACUCCAGGUGGUUUGCGCCUGGCCAAUAUCAGGCCAAUAUGGACCGGGGACCCGAGUCCUAUACUAUGUCUUGAUUGCAGCCUGCGUGGUCGCUCGCAAAGUAGAAUGGAUUCGGAACGCUUGUCUAGCCGCUGUGUUGCUUUUCCCCGCUAUCGCCGCUCUUCACGGGAUUGUGCUUGCUGCGCUUCAUGUUGACGGCGCUGUCGAUAUGGAUGUAUAUGGAGCAUUCCAGCUAUGCGCAAUUGGAAUCUUAACCGCCCCAGCGACCGUCAGGCUUUCCCGGACCUACUUCAACAACCCCGGCCGCAAUAUCAUCUUUCUAUGGACAGUCCUUCUCCUGGCUGGGCUAGUAAGCUUGAUUGUGGAAUUCAUGCGCCUCAAGCCCACUACUUGCCCGGAUGACGACCCAGCAAGCAUUUUCUGGGCCUCAACUGGGGGCAAAAAGGGCGGUGUGUUUAAGUAUGACUCUAACUGUAGCCUUGCUUGUACCCCGGAGAAUGGGCCAGUCUCACCGUUGCGACUUGAUGCAGCCAACAAUAUAUACGUGAUUCCAGUCCCCCACGAGCUGACGUUCAAUGCUACUACGCUAAUUGCGGCUGCAUGCUGCAUCCCUGCCAUCCUGUCGUUAAUAUUUAUGUGGAUCAAAAUCUUGGACGACAAUUGGGAGAAGUUCUCAAAUGGAAGACAGAAGCAGAAGCCAGAUGAUUUCAUUCUGGGAACCAACGGAGCUACCAUCAACCACAUGACUGGGAUCACCGACAGGAUAAGCAAAUGGCUAUCUCUCAUCGAGAUACCGGUGUUUGCUGCAGCAGUGCUGGCAAUCCUCGUCAAAGGCGAGAUGAAUUUUUGGAGUAAGCAAAUGAGGUACCAAACAGAGCCUAUACAAAGCAUUGGUCAAUGGGCGCCAAUCGUUGGUACAGUACUCGCUGUAUUGGGAUCACUAUAUAUGCUCCUUUCUGCGGAUAUGGAAGCCGCGGGACAAGAAGAUGACCAACAAGAAGAGAUUAUCGUUGGAAAAUCCCCAAACUACGACAGCACUGUUUCAUACGCCGGAAGCAGUUCCGCGCAAGAUUCUAGAACAAGUGCCGAGAGACAGGACUCGGAUAUCGAAAUGACAACUAUACGCCGCCCUACUACCAAUCAAACCACCACCACUCAAUCCCAGCACGACUUAGGAAGACGAAAGGUCGCCCGCUUCUUUAAUGCAGCAAGCGCCAUCAUGACCGCCAAAGCCCACAAUCAAAUCAAGAAGACGGGUUUCAAUCCCGAAGCAAAAACAAAUUACCCCGAGAUCCCAGGAGAAAUAUACAGAAACUCAUAUCUCCCUGAUCAUAAAGCCCAUUACCAAAGGUCAUCUACACCCGAUAACCGAUCAAGAGCUGAAAGUUUCACAAGUCGCAGGAACUCUGUGGAUAAUGGCGAAGGCAGCUCUGGGCCCCGGAGUACAACACGUCAUUCUGUGCCUGCUCCAGCUGUCUCGCGGCCAAAAUCACGCCAAGCUCACUCAAAUUCGCUCCCGGGUGGGGGGUUAUUUGAGACAUCGACCCUGCAGUGUCCUCCAGCCACACUUGGAGGGUGGCAGCGACAAUUGAGUCCCUUCGAUACAAUGUCGAUCUCACGAAGUAGAACACCGUCUAUUUCCGAGGUCAGCCCCACAAAUUCAUCGCCGGGACCUCAGUUCCUGCCGGAGAUAGUAGUUUCUGCCCAUGAAGGUAGUUGA